AUGGUGCAAUCUGAGAACAAGCAGACUCACUGGUUGCACUGUUGUUGGGAAGUCAUCAAACUGAGUAUGGCAGUGCCGUGCCAUCAUUGGCCGGACAUGCUUCAGUCUUUGGACAGCCACAUGACGGACGUCACAUUUGAGAUGAUUCGGCUGGGCCCGGUCGAGGAAACAGGCCGGAAUGAAACCGAUAUGGGAUUAUCAUUGGCUAGGUGGAGUCGAUAUCAACUAACCGGGUCGUCCAAACGGGCACUUCCGAAGUUCAAAGCUUGGGAAGAUGAGGUGAUGGAGGAGAUUCGAAGGUCUCAAAUAAAAACUUGGCGUCAGCCUGGUCGAGGAAACAAGCUGGUACGAAACAGAUAUUGGAUUGUAGGUUUUCUUGGUCCGCUUGGUGAUCCUGGCGUUGUAGAUCAUUGGCUAGGUGGAGUCGAUAUCAACUAA